UCUGUGUCGUUGAGCUGGUGGUGUAAAGGUUCUGGAAUAUAUUUGAUGGUUUCAGAAGAGCAAUGACCUGCCAACACAGUCUCUUAUUUUUAUUCCUCUCUGGCUUUGCUGCGCUCUAUGUUGCAGAGAUAUGUAAAACAAAUCUACUCGAGGGAACGUCCUGCACCUUUGAGCUUCCAACAAAAAACACUGACAAAUCUAAUGAGAUCAAAUGGGUCCAUCUCUCUGGUGAUGCUGUGAUUCACAGGAAAAAUAGGUGGAUGAGGAAAAACAUUCCAGGUCUAAAAAUGGAAGAAGAUGGAUCAUUAACAUUUGAAAGUGUUAGUCUGAAGAACAGCGGCAGAUAUAGAUACACUGUUUUUAAUAAAGAAGGUACACAGAUUGAUGCUGGAGAAAAGGAAAUUAAAGUUUAUGCAAACGCUCCUAAACCUACUGUGAAGAUCAACUGCACAUUUGGGAACGCUACACUCACCUGUGACUUUGGAGACCGUACAGAUCUGACUGUAUCCUGGUAUAAAGAAGAUAAUAUCAUCCAGAAUGAAAACAACCCAAAACUUCUCUUGACAUCUGCUCAAGCACAGGAGAAUAAACCGUACUCCUGCAGUGUGAGCAAUCCUGUCAGCAAAGAGAAAAGUGACAGCAUUACAGUAUCAUGUGAAGGUAACCCAGAUCCUACAGGUGAAAGUGUCCCAGGUCCUCGUAAAAAUCUCUUUGGCCCUGAUUUCUGGGUAAUGGUGAGCAUUUUAGCAGGUGGAGGAACCCUUCUGCUUCUACUGAUCUGUAUUCUUAUCAUCUGUGCGUGUCGAAGCUGUAGCCAACUCAAAAAAGCACAAACAAGAUGAAGAAGACUUCAGACGUCUGACUAUUCCAGUUGGGGGGGGGGGGGGGGG